AUGCUUGCUGGCUUCCUCUUACUGCUCCUCCACACAGCUGUGGAUGGGGAGUCAACAUGCAGUUAUCAGGAUGUUUUAAACUAUCUGAACUUGACCAAAAAUAAUGAGCUGUACUCCAUGACCCGGCCUGUAAAAGAUUACACGCACCCCACACAGGUAUCCCUGGAGGUACUUCUGUAUGCCAUUCUAGAUGUGGUGAAGAUUGACCAGACGUUUGUUCCAUAUGUUUGGAUUUUCACAAAAUGGCAGAAUGAACACAUUUACUGGAAUCCAAAUGACUUUUGUGGUAUUAAGACGGUUUCUCUUCCGGCUGAAAUUUUGUGGAAGCCAGAUAUAAUUAUUGAAGAAAUGACAGAAAAGGACAAAGCCCCUCUAAGUCCUCAUCUCACCAUUGACUCUAAUGGUUUAGUCCAUGUUCAGGACGACCAAGUGCUAGUCAGCACCUGCAGGAUGCAUAUUUUCAAAUUCCCCUUUGACAUUCAGAGCUGUAAACUCUCGUUCAAGUCUGUCGUACACUCUGUCUCAGAAAUACAGCUUGUUCGGCAUCUCAACUCCUCGCAGGCCACAGAGUGGUCUCGCGAGGUGAUGCGGACACAGUACGAGUGGCUGUUCAUCAACCUGACAGUUACUAACAAAACAGUCAGCAUGUUUGACUUCCAACAAGACGUGAUGAUUUACACUAUCACAAUGAAAAGGCGGUCUCUUCUCUACAUCGUCAACUUCAUACUACCCAUCCUGUUCUUCUUUUUGCUGGACUUGGCCUCUUUCCUCAUCUCAGACAGCGGAGGCGAGAAGCUCAGUUUCAAGGUCACUGUGCUGCUCGCUGUCACUGUGAUGCAGCUUAUUCUCAAUGAUAUUCUGCCCUCCUCUUCAGACAGGAUUCCACUUAUAGCCCUCUACUGCAUUGGGAUUUUUGCUCUGAUGAUGCUGAGCCUCCUGGAGACGAUUUUGGUGAUGUAUCUGAUGGAGAAAGUCUCUGCAUCCGAAGACAAUAAUAGCAGAGGGGAGAAGAAAUUGACUCAUUGUGCGUGCAUCUGUGAUGUUUCUUCAGAUGGAACUCCAACUGAACUGCAGAAGGGUAGCAUCAGCCAACUGAAGGAGGAGUCCCAUGCAGAAGAGCUGAGGGAGGUGCUAGAAAUGCUGGCUGUGCUCCUCAACAGCAGGAAGGAGGAAGCGAAGCCCGAGUACUGGACCAGAAUUUUCAGUGGAUAA